GCCUGUCACUCUCUCUCACUACGCUGUGAGAGUCACCGGGCUCGUGCUGUACUCCAGCACACCCACACGCAGGCACCGAGAGGAGAGGGAGCCGAGACAGAGAGAGGGAGAAGGGCAGGUCCGUUGCUUUCUCCCGAGGUGAGAAGAAUACCUUUGGAGAAGAGGAAGGAUGGCGGAAGGUGGGGAGGGAGAGGAGGAGAUACAGUUCCUGAGGACGGAUGAUGAAGUGGUGCUGCAAUGCACAGCGACCAUUCUGAAGGAGCAGAUUAAACUGUGUCUGGCCUGCGAGGGCUUUGGGAACAGACUGUGCUUCCUGGAAUCCACCUCCAAUGCCCAGCAGGCAGUCGAUUUGGACAAAUGGUCGUCCCAGGGAGGCGGCCACCGGACCCUGCUGUAUGGCCAUGCCAUCCUUCUGCGGCACUCCCACUCCAGCAUGUACCUGAGCUGCCUGACCACAUCCCGCUCGCUCACAGACAAGCUGGCUUUUGAUGUCGGCCUUCAGGAAGAUGCCACAGGAGAAGCAUGCUGGUGGACAAUUCACCCUGCGUCCAAGCAGAGGUCAGAGGGUGAGAAGGUCAGAGUGGGAGACGACCUCAUCCUGGUCAGCGUGUCGUCCGAGAGAUACCUGCAUCUGUCCUACGCCAGCGGUGACCUCAUGGUGGACGCCUCCUUCAUGCAGACGCUGUGGAACAUGAACCCCGUGUGUUCAGGGUGUGAGCUGGCCGAAGGAUACCUGACAGGAGGCCAUGUCCUUAGACUAUUUCACGGACACAUGGAUGAGUGUCUGGCCAUCGCAGCCAGUGACCAGGCUGAGGAGCAGCGCCGGCAAGCACACUACGAGGGCGGAGCUGUCUGCAGUCAUGCCCGCUCGCUGUGGAGGCUGGAGCCCCUGCGAAUCAGCUGGAGCGGCAGCCACAUGAAGUGUGGCCAGCCCUUCCGCGUGCGCCACGUGACCACGGGUCGCUACCUGGGCCUGGAUGAGGAGAAGGGGCUGAUGGUGGUCGACCCCGAGCGCGCCAACACCAAGAUGUCUGCCUUCUGCUUCCGCGCUUCCAAGGAGAAGUUGGAGGUGGCCCCAAAGCGAGAUGUGGAGGGCAUGGGGACCCCGGAGAUCAAGUACGGCGAGUCCAUGUGCUUCGUGCAGCACGUCUCCACGGGACUGUGGCUCACAUACGCCGCCGUAGACGCCAAGUCGGCACGCCUGGGCCCGCUGAAGAGGAAGGCCAUCCUGCACCAAGAGGGCCACAUGGACGAUGCCCUGUCUCUGUCUCGCUCUCAACACGAGGAGUCUCAGGCUGCCCGGAUGAUCUACAGCACCACCGGCCUCUUCAGGCAGUUCAUCAAGCAGAACCUUUUCCAGGAGGAGGGAAUGAUCGCGCUGGUGCUGGAGUGUAUCGACCGGCUCAAUGUCUACAACACAGCUGCACACUUCUCUGAGAUGGCCGGCGAGGAGGCAGCCGAGUCCUGGAAGGAGAUUGUCAACCUGCUCUACGAGCUGCUGGCCUCUCUGAUCCGGGGAAACCGGGCCAACUGCGCACUCUUCUCUGACAACCUGGACUGGCUGGUCAGCAAACUGGAUCGACUGGAGGCCUCUUCUGGUAUCCUGGAGGUGUUGUACUGUGUUUUGAUUGAGAGCCCUGAGGUUCUGAACAUCAUCCAGGAGAACCACAUCAAGUCCAUCAUCUCCCUGCUGGACAAACAUGGCCGCAACCACAAGGUGCUGGAUGUGCUGUGCUCUCUUUGUGUAUGUAAUGGUGUGGCUGUGAGAUCCAAUCAGAACCUGAUCACGGAGAAUCUCCUUCCGGGCCGCGACCUUCUUCUGCAGACCAACAUUAUCAACUAUGUCACCAGUGUGAGGCCCAAUAUCUUCCUGGGCACGUGCGAGGGAUCCACGCAGUACAGGAAGUGGUAUUUCGAGGUGAUGGUGGACUACGUGGAGCCCUUCGUGACGGCGCAGGCGAUGCACCUGCGUGUGGGCUGGGCUCUGACCGAGGGGUACAGCCCCUAUCCCGGUGGGGGCGAGGGCUGGGGGAGCAACGGCGUCGGGGACGACCUCUAUUCCUACGGGUUUGACGGCCUGCACUUGUGGUCAGGUGAGCUGUGCUGGCAGGGAUUCCGAGAUGACAACAAGAAGCUGCACCCCUGUCUCGUGGAGUUCCAGCGACUGCCGGAGCCAGAGAGGAACUACAACCUCCAGAUGUCUGGAGAGACCCUGAAGACCCUGCUGGCUCUCGGCUGCCACGUUGGCAUGGCAGAUGAGAAGGCAGAGGAGAACCUGAAGAAGAUCAAGCUUCCCAAGACGUAUAUGAUGAGCAGUGGGUACAAGCCAGCCCCUCUGGACCUGUCCCAUGUGAAGCUGACCCCUGCCCAGAACACGCUAGUGGACCGAUUGGCAGAAAAUGGACACAACGUGUGGGCCAGGGACCGUGUCAGGCAGGGCUGGACCUACAGCAUAGUCCAGGACAUCAUGAACAAGAGGAACCCACGGCUGGUGCCCUAUAACCUUCUGGAUGAGCGCACCAAGAAGACCAAUCGUGACAGUGUGUGCGAGGCUGUCCGCACUCUCAUCGGCUACGGCUACAACAUCGAGCCACCCGACCAGGAGUCCAUCCAGUACUCUGCCUUCAAGGACAUCGAGAUCGGAGAGGGUGAGGAGAGGGGGAGGGAGAGAGCGUUCAAGGACAUCGAGAUCGGAGAGGGGUUCAUCCCGGUGUGCAGCCUGGGCCUCUCCCAGGUGGGCCGGAUCAAUCUGGGCCAGGAUGUCAGCAGCCUGCGCUACUUCACCAUCUGUGGCCUGCAGGAAGGCUUUGAGCCCUUCGCCAUCAACAUGAAGAGAGACAUCACCAUGUGGUUCAGCAAGAGCCUGCCGCAGUUCAACCCUGUGCCCACCGAUCACCACGUGGAGGUGUCCCGAGUGGACGGCACAGUGGAGAGCCCUCCCUGCCUGAAGGUCACCCACCGAACGUUCGGCUCCCAGAACGCCAACACCGACAUGUUCUUCAUGCGGCUCAGCAUGCCCGUGGAGUUCCACGAGACCUUCAGGGUGCCCGCGGGGACGACCCCGCUGACCCACCCCCUCACCAAUCCCGAGGAGGAGGUGCAGGAGGUGGACCCCGACUCCGAGUUCGAGCAGCUCAAGAAGUCCGCCAGCCGGAAGGAGGCCGAGGGGACGGAGAAGGAGCCCUCCCAGCCGCGGGAGAUUCCAGGGAAGGAGAAGGAGAGCGCGGGGAAGGGGGGAGGGGAGAACGAGAAGGACGCAGCCUCAGAGAAGGGCAAGAAGAGAGGUAUGAAGCGCAGUAACUGCUACAUGGUAUGGGCGGGCGAGUUCAGUAACAGCUCCCAGCAGACCCGCAUCACCCAAGAGGACCUUGUGAUUGGCUGCCUAGUUGACCUGGCAACAGGACUCAUGACCUUCACAGCCAAUGGGAAGGAGAUAAAUACCUUCUACCAGGUGGAGCCCAACACCAAGCUGUUCCCGGCUGUCUUCUCCCUGCCCUCCAGUCAGAACAUGUUACAGUUUGAGCUGGGGAAGCUAAAGAACAUCAUGCCCAUCUCGGCAGCGAUGUUCCGUAGUGAGCGGAAGAACCCGGUGCCGCAGUGCCCACCCCGGCUGGAUAUCCAGAUGCUGACGCCAGUGGUGUGGAGCCGCAUGCCCAACCAGUUCCUGGAACCGGAGUCCGCCCGGGUCAGCGAGAGGCACGGGUGGAUGGUGGAGUGCACUGAGCCCCUCAUUAUGAUGGCACUGCACAUCCCGGAGGAGAACAGGUGUAUUGAUAUCCUGGAGCUUUCGGAGCGGCUGGACCUGCUGAAGUUCCAUCACCACACCCUUAAGCUGUACUGCGCCGUCUGUGCGCUGGGCAACAACCGCGUGGCGCACGCCCUCUGCAGCCACGUGGACGAGUCGCAGCUGCUCUACACCAUCGAGAACACCUACCUGCCCGGCCCCCUGCGCAGCGGCUACUACGACCUCCUGAUCAGCAUGCACCUGGAGUCUGCCAAGCGCUCGCGCCUGAUGAUGAACAACGAGUUCAUCGUGCCCAUGACAGAGGAGACACGCAGCAUCAAGCUCUACCCUGACGUGGAGAAGAAGCACGGUCUCCCUGGCGUGGGGCUGUCCACCUGCCUGCGCCCCAAGCUGCACUUCUCCCCCACUAAUUUCGUGGGCACUGACCCGGACCUGUACACACUGAGCCCGGUCAUUCCCCUUCAGGUGCUGAAGACCAAGGCAAUCAACAUGUUGACUGAAGCGGUGCAAGAUGGUGGGCAGCACACGCGAGACCCAGUAGGGGGCAGCGUGGAGUUCCAGUUCGUACCUGUGCUCAAGCUCAUCAGCACAUUGCUGAUCAUGGGCGUCUUUGAGGAUGACGAUGUCCGGCACAUCCUCAAGAUGAUCGAGCCCAAUGUCUUUGCUGGGGGAGCCAGUGGAGAGGUGGAGGGAGAAGGAGAGGGGGAAGGAGGAGAGGGAGAGGGCGAGCAGCCCACCACCAAGGAAGAGGGAGAGGAAAUGAAGGAGAAAGCAGAGGGAGGCACCCCUGAGGAAGAGGAGGAGCUGGAGGAAGAAGAGCUGGAGGAUGAAGGGAUGGGGGCGGAGGGGGAAGAGGAGGAGGGAGAGGUGGAAGAAGAGGAGGGCAAAGGGGAGAAGGCGGAUGAAGAGAAGGAGGAGGAUAUGGAGGAGAAGGAACUGGAGGCCAGCGAAUACGAGCCCAAGGAAGAAGAGGAUGGGCUGGAGGAGGGGCUGCUGCAGAUGAAGCUGCCAGAGUCUGUCAAGCUUCAGAUGUGUAAUCUGCUGCAGUACUUCUGCGACUGUGAGCUUCGCCACCGCGUGGAGGCCAUCAUCUCGUUCUCUGACCGCUUCAUCAACCUGCUGCAGAGCAACCAGAGGCAGCGCUACAACGAGCUGAUGAUGGCGUUCACCAUGUCGGCCGCCGAGACCGCGCGCAAGACGCGCGAGUUCCGCUCCCCGCCGCAGGAGCAGAUCAACAUGCUCCUGAACUUCAAGCACUGUCUAGAUGAUGAGGAUUGUCCAGUGCCAGACGAGAUCAGGGAUGAAAUGCAGGAAUUUCACAAUGACCUGCUGUCUCACUGUGGUAUCCACAUCGAGGAGGAGGAAGAAGAAGAGGAGAAGGACACCUCUCUGCGAGGCAGGUUUCUCAGCCUGGUGCACAAGAUCAAGAGUCUGAGAAGAAGGAAGCAGGAGGAGGAGCCAGAGCCAGAGGAAGAGGCCAAACCCAGUACUCUUCAGGAGUUGAUCUCCCAUACCAUGGUGCACUGGGCUCAGGAGUCCUUUGUCCAGAACCCGGAGCUGGUGCGGCUGAUGUUCAGCCUGCUGCACCGGCAGUACGACGGUCUGGGGGAGCUGAUCCGGGCGGUGCCUAAGGCCUACAUCAUCAAUGCCGUGUCUGUCCACGACACCAUGGACCUGCUGGAGUGCCUGGGUCAAAUCCGCUCACUGCUCAUCGUGCAGAUGGGCCCCGAGGAGGAGAGGCUGAUGAUCCAGAGCAUAGGGAACAUCAUGAACAACAAGGUUUUCUACCAGCACCCCAAUCUGAUGCGUGCGCUGGGGAUGCAUGAGACAGUCAUGGAGGUCAUGGUCAAUGUGCUGGGAGGGGGCGACUCCAAGGAGAUCCGAUUUCCCCGCAUGGUGACCAACUGCUGCCGGUUUCUGUGUUAUUUCUGCCGGAUCAGCCGCCAGAACCAGAGGUCCAUGUUUGACCACCUCAGCUAUCUGCUACAGAAUAGUGGGAUUGGACUGGGCAUGCGUGGUUCCACUCCCCUGGAUGUGGCGGCUGCCUCUGUCAUCGACAACAAUGAGCUGGCCCUUGCCCUGCAGGAGCAGGACCUGGAGAAGGUGGUGACGUACCUGGCAGGCUGCGGCCUGCAGAGCUGCCCCAUGCUGCUGUCGAAGGGUUACCCCGAUAUCGGCUGGAACCCCAUGGGUGGGGAGAGAUACCUGGACUUCCUACGAUUCGCUGUCUUUGUCAACGGGGAGAGCGUGGAGGAGAACGCCAACGUCGUUGUGCGCCUGUUGAUCCGGCGGCCAGAAUGCUUCGGCCCGGCGCUGCGAGGGGAGGGGGGCAAUGGGCUGCUGGCUGCCAUCGAGGAGGCCAUCAAGAUCUCGGAGGACCCCGCCAGGGAUGGGCCCACCGUCAAGAAAGACAGGCGCUUCCCCAUGUUUGGGGGUGAGGAGCAGCAUGAGGAGAACAGGGUGCAUCUUGGGAACGCCAUCAUGUCAUUCUACGCUGCGCUGAUCGACUUGCUGGGGCGCUGUGCACCAGAGAUGCAUCUAAUCCAGGCCGGGAAGGGUGAGGCUCUCAGGAUCCGAGCGAUCCUGAGGUCUCUGGUCCCCAUUGAGGAUCUGGUUGGAGUGAUCAGCCUGCCUGUGCAGAUUCCUUCGUUUGGGAAAGAUGGUAAUAUAGUCGAGCCAAAAAUGUCGGCCAGUUUUGUGCCGGACCACAAGGCUCCCAUGGUGCUGUUCCUGGACCGUGUGUACGGCAUCGACAACCAGGACUUCCUGCUGCACUUGCUGGAGGUCGGCUUCCUCCCGGACAUGAGAGCUGCUGCCUCUCUGGACACGGCGGCGUUCAGCACCACAGAGAUGGCUCUGGCUCUGAACCGCUACCUGUGCCAGGCAGUGCUGCCCUUGCUCACCAAGUGCGCCCCCCUGUUUGCUGGAACUGAGCACCGCGCUAUCAUGAUCGACUCCAUGUUGCACACCAUCUACCGUCUCUCCAGGGGGCGGUCUCUCACAAAGGCUCAGAGGGAUGUCAUCGAGGACUGCCUCAUGUCACUCUGCAAGUAUCUCCGGCCCUCCAUGCUACAGCAUCUGCUCCGUCGGCUCGUGUUUGAUGUGCCAAUCCUGAACGAGUAUGCCAAGAUGCCACUGAAGUUGUUGACCAAUCACUAUGAGCGCUGCUGGAAGUAUUACUGUCUCCCAAAUGGCUGGGCAAAUUAUGGAGUCUCCUCAGAGGAAGAGCUGCAUCUGACCCGAAAGCUGUUCUGGGGAAUCUUCGAGUCACUGGCACACAAGAAAUUUGACCCAGAGCUUUUUAAAAUUGCCAUGCCCUGUAUCUGUGCCAUCGCUGGGGCCAUCCCUCCGGACUACGUGGAUGCCAGCUACUCCUCCAAGACGGAGAAGAAGGCUUCUGUGGACGCUGAGGGCAACUUUGACCCCAAACCUGUAGAGACCACCAACACUAUCAUCCCUGAGAAGCUGGAUGGCUUCAUCAACAAAUAUGCCGAAUAUACGCACGACAAGUGGGCCUUUGAAAAGAUCCAGAAUAACUGGACGUAUGGAGAGAUUCUGGAUGAGAAUGCCAAGACUCACCCCAUGCUGAGACCAUACAAGACCUUCUCUGAGAAGGACAAGGAAAUUUACCGCUGGCCCAUCAAGGAGUCCAUUAAGGCCAUGAUUGCCUGGGAGUGGACGCUGGAGAAGGCGAGGGAGGGGGAGGAGGAGAAGACGGAGAAAAAGAAGACGAGGAAGAUAUCGCAGACCGUGCAGGCCACCUAUGAUCCCAGCCAUGGCUAUAAUCCCCAGCCCAUUGAGAUCUCUGGCAUGGCACUGUCCAGAGAACUGCAGGCCAUGGCUGAGCAGCUGGCAGAGAACUACCACAACACCUGGGGCCGCAAGAAGAAACUGGAGCUGCAGGCCAAAGGGGGCGGUACUCAUCCCUUGCUGGUGCCUUAUGACACCCUGACUGCAAAGGAGAAGGCCCGGGAUCGAGAGAAGGCCCAUGAGUUGCUCAAAUUCCUGCAGCUCAACGGCUAUGCUGUCACCAGGGGUCUGAAGGAUAUGGAGUUGGACACCUCCUCCAUUGAGAAGCGCUUCGCCUAUGGGUUCCUGCAGAAACUGCUCAAGUGGAUGGACAUAGCACAGGAGUUCAUCGCCCAUCUGGAGGCUGUGGUGAGCAGUGGGCGAGUGGAGAAGUCCCCACAUGAACAGGAGAUUAAAUUCUUUGCCAAGAUCCUGCUCCCCCUCAUUAACCAGUACUUCAAGAACCACUGUUUGUACUUCCUGUCCACUCCUGCCAAGGUGCUGGGCAGCGGGAGCCACUCCUCCAACAAGGAGAAGGAAAUGAUAGCCAGUAUCUUCUGUAAGUUGGCCGCUCUGGUGAGACACAGAGUCUCUCUCUUUGGAACUGAUGCCCCAGCUGUGGUGAACUGUAUGCACAUCCUCGCUCGAUCGCUAGACGCCAGGACGGUGAUGAAGUCGGGGCCGGAGAUCGUCAAGGCUGGCCUGCGGUCGUUCUUUGAGAGCGCUGCAGAGGACAUUGAGAAGACGGUGGAGAACCUGAAGCUGGGGAAGGUGUCUCAGAGCCGCACACAAGUGAAGGGUGUCUCUCAGAACAUCAGCUACACCACCGUGGCGCUGCUGCCUGUCCUCACCUCACUGUUCGAGCACCUGGCACAGCACCAGUUCGGAGAUGACUUCAUCCUGGACGAUUUGCAGGUUUCCUGUUACCGCAUCAUGUGCAGCAUCUAUUCACUGGGAACCACCAAGAACCCCUACGUGGAGAGGCAGCGGCCAGCGCUGGGGGAAUGUCUGGCUCGACUGGCUGCUGCAAUGCCUGUGGCAUUCCUGGAGCCACAUCUUAAUGAGCACAACCAGUUCUCUGUCUAUACCACCAAGACCCCGCGGGAGAGAGCCAUCCUGGGUCUGCCAAAUCAGGUGCAGGAUCUGUGCCCUGACAUCCCUGAGCUGGAUGUCCUUAUGAAGGAGAUUGGGGAUCUGGCGGAGUCAGGGGCGCGCUAUACCGAGAUGCCCCAUGUCAUUGAGAUAACGUUGCCCAUGCUCUGCAACUACCUGCCCCGCUGGUGGGAGAGGGGCCCUGAAAACUUCCCUGACCAGGAGGGCCGCCUGUGCACAGAUGUCACUGCAGAGCCCCUCAACCAGCUGCUGGGCAACAUCAUGAAGAUCGUGGUGAACAACCUGGGCAUCGAAGAGGCCUCCUGGAUGAAGAGACUGGCUGUGUUUGCCCAGCCCAUUGUGAACCGCGCCAGGCCAGACAUGCUGAAGUCACACUUCAUCCCAACCAUGGAGAAGCUGAAGAAGCGUUCUGGGAAGGUGGUGGCAGAGGAGGAUCAGCUCCGGUUGGAGGGGAAGACGGAGUCAGACGAGGCCGAGGGCAUCAUCCGCGACGAGUUCUCUGUGCUGUGCCGGGACUUAUAUGCCCUGUACCCCCUGCUCAUACGAUAUGUGGAUAAUAACAGAGCACGGUGGCUGACCUAUCCAGAUUCUGAUGCAGAGGAGCUCUUCAGAAUGGUGGGGGAGGUCUUCAUAUUCUGGUCCAAAUCGCACAACUUCAAGCGGGAGGAGCAGAAUUUCGUGGUGAUGAAUGAGAUCAACAACAUGUCCUUCCUGACUGCUGACAGCAAGAGCAAGAUGAGCAAGGCCGGGGAUGGACAGUCAGGCGGCUCGGACCAGGAGCGUACCAAGAAGAAGAGGCGGGGGGAUCGCUACUCAGUGCAGACCUCUCUGAUUGUGGCCGCAUUAAAGAAGAUGCUACCCAUUGGGCUCAACAUGUGCUCCCCUGCCGACCAGGAGCUUAUCAAUGUGGCCAAGACCCGUUACGCCCUGAAAGAUACUGAUGAGGAGGUGAGAGAGUUCCUGCAAAACAACCUGCAUCUUCAGGGCAAGGUGGAUAACCCCUCCAUGCGCUGGCAGAUGGCUCUGUACAAGGAGAUGUCAGGGAAGGCAGAGGACGCUGAGGACCCAGAGAAGGUGGUAAAGAGGGUGCAGGAGGUGGCAGCUGUGCUAUAUCAUAUUGAGGUGAUGGAACACCCCUUCAAGUCUAAGAAGGCAGUGUGGCACAAACUUCUGUCGAAACAGCGUCGGCGAGCAGUGGUUGCAUGUUUCAGGAUGACACCUCUCUAUAACCUACCCAGGCACAGAGCAUCCAACAUGUUCCUGGAGGGGUUUAAGCGCACGUGGAUUGAGACAGAGGGGUACUCCUUCGAGGACAGAAUGAUCGAUGAUUUGUCUAAAUCCAUGGAGCAGGAGGAGGAAGAGGAGGAGGAGACGGAGACAAAGCCGGACCCCCUUCACCAGCUUAUCCUGCAUUUCAGCCGCACCGCACUCACCGAAAAGAGUAAACUGGAUGUGGAUUACCUGUACAUGUCCUAUGCCGAUAUAAUGGCAAAGAGCUGCCACAUCGGUGAGGAAGACGAAGAGGGGGAGGAGGAGAAGGGGGGCGAGGAGCUGUCCUUUGAGGUGCGACAGGCAGAUAUGGAAAAGGAAAUGGAGAAGCAGAGGCUCCUGUAUCAACAAGCCAGACUGCACAACCGUGGAGCAUCAGAGAUGGUACUGCAGAUGAUCAGCGCCUGUAAAGGUGAAACUGGGAUGAUGGUGUCCUCCACUCUCAAGCUGGGUAUCUCCAUUCUCAACGGGGGGAACAAUGAGGUGCAGCAGAAAAUGCUGGACUACCUGAAGGAGAAAAAGGAAGUUGGCUUUUUCCAGAGUGUCCAGGCACUCAUGCAGACCUGCAGUGUCCUGGACCUGAAUGCUUUCGAGAGGCAGAACAAGGCAGAGGGGCUGGGCAUGGUUUCAGAGGAAGGCACGAUCAUCCAGCGUGAACGUGGUGAGAAGGUGAUGGCGGACGAUGAGUUCACUUGCGACCUGUUCCGCUUCCUCCAGCUGCUGUGCGAGGGCCACAAUAAUGAUUUCCAAAACUACCUGCGGACCCAGACUGGGAACACCACCACUAUCAACAUCAUUAUCUGCACUGUGGAUUACCUGCUUCGGCUCCAGGAGUCUAUCAGUGAUUUCUACUGGUAUUAUUCUGGGAAAGACACCAUUGAUGAGCCAGGCAAGAGAAACUUCUCCAAAGCCAUGAACGUGGCCAAACAGGUGUUCAACAGCCUGACAGAGUACAUACAGGGCCCUUGCACGGGUAACCAGCAGUCCCUGGCUCACAGCAGGCUGUGGGACGCAGUGGUGGGUUUCCUGCACGUCUUCGCCCACAUGAUGAUGAAGCUGGCGCAGGACUCCAGUCAGAUUGGGCUGUUGAAGGAAUUGCUGGACCUGCAGAAGGACAUGGUGGUCAUGCUGCUGUCUCUACUGGAGGGCAAUGUGGUAAACGGCACCAUUGCCCGGCAGAUGGUGGACAUGCUAGUGGAGUCUUCCAGCAAUGUGGAGAUGAUUCUCAAAUUCUUUGACAUGUUCCUCAAGCUCAAGGAUAUUGUGGCCUCGGAUGCCUUCCGGGACUAUGUUACUGAUCCCCGGGGGCUUAUCUCCAAGAAGGACUUCCAGAAGGCUAUGGACAGCCAGAAGCAGUAUUCUCCUUCCGAGAUUCAGUUCCUCCUCUCCUGCUCCGAGGCUGAUGAGAACGAGAUGAUUAACUUCGAGGAGUUUGCCAACCGCUUCCAGGAGCCUGCCAAGGACAUUGGCUUCAACAUUGCCGUGCUCUUGACCAACCUCUCUGAGCACGUCCCACAUGACACUCGCCUCCAGAACUUCCUGGAGCAGGCCGAGAGCGUGCUGAACUACUUCCGCCCCUUCCUGGGCCGCAUCGAGAUCAUGGGCGCCAGCAAGAGGAUCGAGCGCAUCUACUUUGAGAUCAGCGAGGCCAACCGCACGCAGUGGGAGAUGCCACAGGUGAAGGAGUCCAAGCGGCAGUUCAUCUUCGACGUGGUCAACGAGGGCGGUGAGUCGGAGAAGAUGGAGCUCUUCGUCAACUUCUGCGAGGACACCAUCUUCGAGAUGCAGAUCGCCUCGCAGAUAUCCGAGACCGAGGAGGAGGGGAGGGAGGAAGUGGACGAGGAAGACGUUGGAGGAGAGGUGGUGGGAGGUGGAGGAGGAGCAGGAGAGGGCGGAGAGGCGAAUGGAGAGUCGGGACACGAGCCAGAAUCCAGCUCAGCCUUUGCCGACUUCGUCAAUAGUGUCUUCCACUUCCUGGGCAUGUUCACUUUCCGCAACCUUCGUCGGCAGUACCGCAAGCUGAAGAAGAUGACGCUGAAAGAGAUGGUGGUGGGGCUUGCCUCUUUAUUCUGGACUCUGCUGAUGGGAAUCCUGCACUUCAUCUACAGCGUGUGCAAGGGCUUCUUCCUGCUCAUCUGGCACACGCUGUUCGGCGGCGGCCUGGUUGAAGGAGCCAAGAACAUCACCGUCACAGAGCUGCUGGCCAGCAUGCCCGACCCCACGCAAGAUGAGGUCCACGGCGACCUGCCCGCUGACUCUGGCGGAAGUGAGGAGCUCGACUCGGGCGCUGCUGGCGACCUGCUGGAAACUGGCAAGGGUGAAGAAGCCGAGGAGGAAGCACAGGACAUGUUCGGGGAUCGGAAGGAAGGUGGCAGGAUGGCAUCCAUUGAUGCCCCUGGAGGACUGGGCGAUAUCGGGGAAACUACCCCCGUGGAGCCCCCUACUCCCGAGGGCACCCCGCUGGCCAAAAGGAAAAUGCUGUCUGGAGAGGAACAAGAACCCGAGCCGGAGCCACAGGUGAUAGAGGAGCCACCCCCGGAGCCCGAGAAGGCCGAUGCUGAGAAUGGAGAGAAAGCUGAGAAGGAGGAAGAGGAGGCUGCCCCAGAGGAGGAAGAACCCCAGAAAAAGAAGAAGAAGAAGAUGAAGAGAGAGCAGAAACAGACGGGCUCCCAGGACGGGUUUGAGUUCUGGAACGAGCUGGAGAUCCAAAGGAUUAAAUUCCUGAAUUACCUGUCCCGUAAUUUCUACAACCUGCGUUUCCUGGCUCUGUUUGUGGCUUUCGCUCUGAACUUCAUCUUACUAUUCUACAGGGUAUCAGACUCUCCACCAGGAGAGGAUGAGUUUGAGGGCUCUGGGCUGUUUGAUGACGAGGGUGAGGGCUCCGGAUUUGAGGAAGGAGGUGGAGAGGAGGAGGAGGAGGAAGGGCCGGUCUAUUACUUCCUGGAGGAGAGCACAGGGUACAUGGAGCCCGCACUGGCCUUCCUGGCCAUCAUCCACACCCUCAUCUCCUUCCUGUGCAUCAUCGGCUACAACUGCCUCAAGGUCCCACUGGUCAUCUUCAAGAGAGAGAAGGAACUGGCCCGGAAACUGGAGUUUGAUGGUCUUUACAUCACAGAACAGCCUGAGGAUGAUGACAUCAAAGGACAGUGGGACAGACUGGUCCUCAACACACCAUCUUUCCCAAGUAACUACUGGGACAAGUUUGUGAAGAGAAAGGUGCUGGAGAAGUAUGGGGACAUCUAUGGCCGAGAGAGGAUCGCAGAGCUGCUGGGAAUGGACCUGGCCUCUCUGGACAUCAGCGCACAGACACAGGAGAAGAAGAGCGAGCCAGACAACUCUGUCCUCAGCUGGUACACGAUGGACACACUGCACACACACUCACUGUCUACACCGCACACACUCGCUUCGUUCCUGUACCUGGUGUGGUACCUGGUCAUGUCCCUACUGGGCCACUAUAACAACUUCUUCUUCGCUUGUCACCUGUUGGACAUCGCCAUGGGUGUUAAGACUCUGCGCACCAUCCUGUCCUCUGUCACUCACAAUGGCAAGCAGUUGAUGAUGACAGUGGGGCUGCUGGCAGUAGUGGUGUAUCUCUACACCGUUGUUGCCUUCAACUUUUUCCGCAAAUUCUACAACAAGAGCGAGGACGAGGAUGAGCCAGACAUGAAGUGUGACGACAUGAUGACUUGCUACCUGUUCCAUAUGUACGUGGGGGUGCGAGCUGGCGGGGGGAUCGGCGAUGAGAUUGAGGACCCGGCGGGUGACGAGUAUGAGCUGUACCGCGUGGUCUUCGACAUCACCUUCUUCUUCUUCGUCAUCGUCAUCCUGCUGGCCAUCAUUCAGGGUCUGAUUAUCGAUGCCUUUGGAGAGCUGAGAGACCAGCAGGAGCAGGUGAAGGAGGAUAUGGAGACCAAGUGCUUUAUAUGCGGGAUCGGCAGUGACUACUUUGACACGACUCCGCAUGGCUUCGAGACGCACACAAUGGAGGAGCAUAACCUCGCCAACUAUAUGUUCUUUCUGAUGUAUUUAAUCAAUAAGGAUGAGACAGAGCACACUGGACAAGAGUCCUAUGUGUGGAAGAUGUAUCAGGAGAGAUGCUGGGAUUUCUUCCCGGCUGGAGACUGUUUUAGAAAGCAAUAUGAGGAUCAACUCGGAUAAGGACUGUGCACAUUUGUGUGCGCGCGCGUGUGUGUGGACUGAGAGUCCAGGCCUUGCAAUUUGUGGAUGGGGUGGUGGGUGGGGUAUAAUAGGACUCUAAGGGAUAAAGUGCUCCCUGAAGUAUCAGUGCAAGGCCUGGGCGUGGUGGCUGGACAGACCUCCGGAGGGCGCUGUAACCUCUCCCAGCACCCUUUUCAAGCCUCCACAGUUGGGCGGAGUCAUUGUUCUGUUCAGAAAGCCAUGUUUCUUUUUGCCACUUGGGCUGCUAUCUAGAUACAGUUUGCACCAGGUUACAUGCACGCACGCACACACACACACCACAGGGGUGAAGAAGACAGCUUGGUUGAUGUCCGUCUGUAAUAAACGAUGAAGAAAGAGAACGAUUGUGUCAGGUAACCACAAUCUUACCACAAGAGGGAGAAGGUCCCGAGACGCCUGGUCGAUUUGCCUCCUCUCCUAAGCUGUGUGCUAGCGCCUCUUCUCCGUGACAGUGACAGGGCAUCACUUUCAAGUUUGUGUUUUCAUUACCUGUCAAUCAAACAGUUUGAUCACUUCCACUGAUCAGUUUGUGUUGGGUUUUUUUUGUUGUGGUGAGAGCCUUCAAUUUCUAUUUUUUACAAAGCACAACAUCCAAAAAAGACCUCCUCCAAGGCAAGUCAGAGUGCUUUCCAGAGGAGCUUUAAAACAGCCCCACACACUUCAAAGAGUGAAAGGAAAUCUAACAAUUGUAACAGUAAUGAUUCAGUCAGUAGCAUCUUUUUAAUUGAAUUCAGUAUCUCCUUUGUGGCUAUACCCCCUAAUCCCACCCCUGACUGCUCUGUUCAACUUCAUAUUUCACUGAAAGUAUGUAUACAAAUGGAACAAAACCAAGCAAUGAUUAUAUGGGUUUUUCUGUUCUGUGAAUAAACAUGCCAAUAAAUAAUGACAGCUG